AUGAGUGACCCGUUAGCCGAUUAUACCAAUAUCUCUCAGGAAGAGAUUGAUACUGAGCAACCGGGACAUCAGGAACAAGCGCAACAACGUAAGCAAGAAGUGCUGGAACAAGCUCUGGAUGAUGUUGAAUUACCACAAGAGAAGGAACAAUAUGAAGCAACUGAAAACGCCGAGUCCAGUGGAGAUUAUAAUGCAAGUGCUUCCAAUGAGUUAGAACAAGGAGAUGCAGAAGAUCAAGCGUACUCCGCGCAAACUGGAACUGCUGAUUCGGAAAGGAAACCUACGAGCAGUGUUGAUCGUUAUGAAGAGCACGAGCAAGAGAUGGAAGAUAUUCAGCAGGCUGAUUUUGUAGAGCCAACCACUGGAGAUGUAGAAGACAAAGUGGAGGACGAGGAAGACUAUAGUAUUAAUAACAAUAGCAAUAACAACGACAAUAGUGGUGACGACGACGAUGACGAAGCGGUCAUCAAAAGUAUUAAAGCUCAGAGACUUACAGACGAGGAUGGCGGAGUAAAUGUAAAUACCAAUGCAACAAGAAAAAAAAACAUCCGAAAACCACAUGCUAUGGAGUCGACACCAAGCUCUACCACGCCUGUACCAACAGGUGGCGAUCAUUAUGCACCUAUUGAAGACCAUUACGAAACGAUGAACCCAGAACAAAAAAAAAGACUUGAAUUGGAAGAGAAAAUGGACGCAGCCAUCAAGAUGAAAAAAGUAAGAAGGAGGAAGGCCGACGAGGAUGACAUUGACAAGAUGGAGGACAUGAAGAUCCAGCAAUUGUCCGAGCGUAUGCUUCAAGCAGCAGACGCCGAUGUUGAAAAAAACACACAGGGUCAAGUUGCAACGGAAAAGUUGAAAAUGUUGGAUGAAGUAAUGAGCAUACUUUCAAGGGCGGAUUUGGCAAUCUCUAUAUUGGAUAACAAUUUAUUGCUUUGCGUCAAGGUGUGGCUUGAGCCAUUACCCGAUGCAAGUAUGCCUGCAUACCAAAUACAAAAAGAGCUCAUUCAAGCGUUGGAAACACUACCUAUCAAAACUGAGCACUUGAGAGAAUCAAAUCUUGGAAAAGUGCUUGUGUUUUAUCAAAGAUCCAAAAGGACCGAGCCUCAGUUGAAAAAGAUUGUCGAUAGAUUGAUUGGUGAUUGGACUAGACCAUUGCUUAACAGAUCAGAUUCAUAUAAGGACAGAUCGAUCCAAUUCGGGUCAUACAAUAAACAUGACUAUUCAAACAAAUUGUCGAGACCUGUGAAAAAGAAAGAGAGCAAAACUCUUUACGAGCAAAAUGCCGAGAGAAGGAAGAGAGCAGCCAUACCUACUGCUAGGACUGCUGCUUACAAGAUUGCACCAAAGGUUGACAAGAGUAGAUUAUUAAGCCAAGCGGGAAGAGGCGCUGGUUACGAUGAAAGAUUUAGGAAGUUGAAUCAGAAAUUGGUUUCAAUGGGAACGAAAAAGAAGACCGCCAAAAAAGGUGGUCCAUCCAUUGAAGGCAGAGAUUUGACCAUUUAG